AUGACCAAGAUGUCGACCAGCGAGACCACCCCCAUCAGACCCGAGCCCGGUGCGUUGACGCCCGAGCAGGUUGCGGCGUUUGAGCGUGACGGCUACCUGAUUGUAGCGGACGCGCUGCCGGCGGCAGCAGUGGCGGCGCUGCUGGCCGAGACGCACCGGCUGCUGGACGGCUUCUCGCUCGAGGGCCACCCGAUGACGCGGUUCGAGACCGGAGCAGCCGAUUCGGGCGAGGGCCACGUGGGCGACGCGUAUUUUCUCGGCUCGGGCGACCAGGUGCGCUUCUUCUUUGAGGCGGACGCCUUUGACGGGGCCGGGCGUCUGACCAAGCCCAAGGCCGCCGCCGUCAACAAGAUCGGGCACUAUCUGCACGGCGGCAACGAGGUGUUUGCACGGGUCACGGCCACCACAACAUGGUCUGGCUGCUCUGACUCGUCCGGGCCGUUUCCUGGAGCCCGUCCGGUUGCCCCCAUCGCCCGCAGCCUCGGGUUCCGCGACCCGCGCUGCCUCCAGAGCAUGGUCAUCUGCAAGCAGCCCGAGAUCGGCGGGGCCGUGCCACCACACCAGGACAGCACCUUUCUCUACACCGAUCCGCCCAGUGCUGUCGGCUUCUGGUACGCGCUCGAGGACGCCUCCGCCCACAAUGGCUGCCUCUCGUUCUGGCCGGGGUCGCAUCGCCGCGCGCCCGUGCGCAAGCGUCUCGUCCGUCGCGACGGCCCCAACACCGGCACCCAUCUCGUCGACAACACGGGCCGGCACUUUCCAGAUGAGCCUGCAGAGACGUCCACUUCCCUCCUCAUUUCCCCCGAAUGCGAGUCCGACGCCAGCCAGUACGUCCUCGGUGAGGUCAAGGCCGGCUCGCUCGUCCUCAUCCACGGAAACCUUCUGCAUCGCAGCGAGAAGAACGUCGGACUCAAGGGCCGCAUCAUCUACACCUUCCACGUCAUCGAGGGUGACGGCCCGACUUAUGAUGCGCGCAACUGGCUGCAGCCGCCAGCCGGCGGGUUUACGAAAUUGGUGUGA